AUUGUGAAAAAAGCUGAAAGUAAAUUAAAAUAAAUUGUAUUUAAUUAGGAAGUAACUGCGAAAUAUAUUUUUCGUCACGUGACAAAGCAUCGAUUGUCUGAAUUCUUUCCAUUAAAAAUACAGCCGACAUACACUAAAAAAAUAAAAUAAAAUAAACAUAAUGCAAAUUAAAUCAAUUUUCAAAGCUAUAUUAUUUAAUCAUAACGAAAAUUAAAAGCAAAACUGGAAGAUAUUCCGAGAAAAAAAAUUCGUAAAAUUAAUACGUAAGUGAUCAAGGUGACGUCAACGACUACGAAAGCAGAAAUGAUUACGAUGGACGUGACGUAACGAUCGGGUUGGAAAAUCGUAGAAAGGCAACAUGACACCGAACGUGGUUUUUGUUUUAGGAGCACCGGGUUCCGGUAAAGGUACCCAAUGCGAAAAAAUCUCGAAUGAAUUCGGUUACGUUCACUUAUCAGCUGGUGAUUUACUGAGAGCGGAACGUAACAGUCCAGGAUCAAAGUAUGGAGACUUGAUAGAACAUCACAUCCGCAACGGAUCGAUAGUACCAGUGGAAAUAACAUGCUCCCUAUUGGAACGAGCCAUGAUUGAAAGUGGAUCAGAGAACUUCUUGAUUGACGGCUUCCCACGUAAUGAAAAUAAUUUAGAAGGAUGGAAAAAACAAAUGGGAGACAAAGCAAACGUUCAAUUUGUACUGUUCUUCGAAUGCGACGAGGAGAUCUGCAUCGAGAGAUGUCUACGAAGGGGUGCAGAAGGAAGUGGAAGAUCGGAUGAUAACCCGGAAAGUUUAAAGAAGAGAUUUCAGACUUAUCAUCGCGAUACAAUGCCAAUUAUACAGCAUUACGAACAAUUAGAUAUAGUCAAGAGAGUCGAUGCUAAUGUGUCAGCCGAUCAAGUCUUCGAAGAAGUUAAGAAGAUUUUUAAGGGAAAUUAAAAGCAAAAUUUUUAAUUUUGUUACAUAUUAAAAAUUGUUAAAAAAUAAUAUAAAUUUAAUUUAUAUAAAUAUAUAUAUAUAUAUAGAGAGAGAGAUUGUUUGUUGUGGCAACGUUGAGUGUCGUUUCUUUUUUACACAAUUUAUCACGUGUUUUCGUAUAGGAGCUAUAUUGAUUGUUCUAUUGUAUUAUAUAUUUAAUAUAUUAUUAUGUAUAUAAAUAAGCACCUGUAAUGCUGUUAUAAAGAAUAAAGAGCUCUCACAGAUACUUUUUUGCUAGUUUACUUCGUGGUUAAAAGGGUGUUAAAAGUCAAAAUUUUAUUAUACCUUAUAAAAAUACGAGAUGGCCCAAAAAUCGGUUAACUGAGUUAAGAGCGUAUUUUCUAACACAAAAUCGAUAUAGUUGGUUACAAAAUAACGGCAAUUUAGACUAUACAACGGUUAACUGGCUUUUGGGCCACCCUGUGUUUACUAUUCUACAUUAGAUAAACUCAUGCAAUUAAUGCACGAAAAGUGUGGUGUUGGUGUUACAAUUUAAUGCACUUUCUGUACUAAUUUAUAAUGUGAAAGUUGAUUAUAUUUGUGUGUAACACGUAGGGAAAAAUCAGUAUCUCUUACGUAUAAUACGCACUACCCUACACUAUUACUGUAUUUAGAUUUUCGAUAUCGUUGAGGGUAUACUGACCUUUAGCACGUACGAGCUGACCUUUUUCUGUAUGAAAAUAUCGGUCCAUAACUCCCAAAAUGACUAAUUUCAAACUAAAUUAUAAAGGAAUUAAUAAUAGAAACUCAUUAUUCCAUUCGCCGUUUGAAACAAAAUGGCGGCCGGAAACGAAUUUUUUUGUGAAAAAUUUAAAUGGUUUCAUCACGUUUUCGAUUGAAGGACAUUUAAAUUUUAUUUCUAAUUAGAUUAAUUAAAAAUUAUUAAGCUAUAUAUCAAGGUGACCCAAAACUCAGUUAACCGU